AUGCCUGAGAAUUCCCGCCGGGUAGCAGUUGACUCUCGCCCACGUCUAUCAGGUAUUUUCGACACAAUAAACUCGACUCUAGCACACGGGCCUCAAACACGGCUUCCUGCCGAGUUCUAUGAUGCCAGGGGCCAAGAAGUAGCGGAUCAAAUGGCCAUGGAAGAAUGGUUUGCCGGCUAUAAAGAAAGUAAAGAGUAUCGCAAGCUUGGUAUUGGCGCGCUGAUGGGUGAUAUUGUGGACAGAAUGGUUGCGGCAGGCAUUGGAGGUGGCUGGUGGCCAACAACGGAGUCGAAGCGGGACAGCCAACCACCAGUAAAAUUCACAAUGAGCGGAUGUCACGAUACCACGAUAGCUGCUAUAUUAACGAGUCUAGGUGCUUUCGACGACGCGAAAUGGCCACCAUACACAGCAAACAUUGCGAUUGAGUUGUUUAAGGACGUUGACAGUUCAGGACAGCGACACACGGCCCGCCCAGGAGAUAUCCUAGAGGAACUAUCUAACCCUCUGCCUGAAAACAAUAAUAACAACAGCCAGUCUUCGCUCCUCUCCUUUUUCCGUCGCUCUACGACGCGGCCUAGCGCAACGCAGGGAACUCCAACCGAUGUUGCGAGGGCUCCUAUAUCCGAACUUCCAUCUCUUCGUAAGCACUACGUUCGCAUUCGCUACAAUGACCGGCCAGUAACAAUACCUGGCUGUGCUGCAAGACCUGCCAAUCACCUGCCGGGAGAGCCCACGUUUUGCACGCUGGAAGCCUUCAAGCAAAUUGUAGAUAAAUAUACUCCAAAGAACUGGAGAGAAGAAUGCGGAUGGAACACUGACAAGGGAAUGUUUGAAGAAGGUGAAGAUAGCGCAGGUAAGCAGGUUUUUCAGAUGAAAUCCAUUGAGUGA